UGUCAGGCAUCAGUCGUUCAUCGAACAACACAGACCACAAUGUUCAAGCUGGUGGUGUUGAGUGCUAUCUUCGCAGCGGCCGCGGCCGAGCCCGGGUUGAUCGCGAAAGCGUUCGGUGUGCCUCUAGCUUACUCCUCGGUGUACACGCCAGGCGUCACCAGCAUCUCGCAGCAGGCCAGCAGUGUCGUGCACCCCUCGCCCCCCCUAGUCUACUCGGCUCCGGUCGCCUACUCCCACUUCAUCAAGAAACGGUCAGCGCCUCUCGCCUAUGUCGCCCCGACGACCUACCUCGCUAACACGCACCUCGCCGCCGCACCCCUGGCGACUACCUACAGCGCUCCUGCCCUGCUCCACAGCGCGCCAAUUGUACCAGCAGCUCAACUGAGCUACGCCACGCACUUCAUUAAGAAGAGGUCUGCUCCCUUCGUACCAACUACCUACAUCGCGCCGACCACAUACGCUGCUGCCACGCCUCUUCUGACGUCGACCUACGCUGCCACACCCUUAGUGCACUCCGCUCCUCUGAUCUCUCAGCCCAUCACCUACUCUCACUUCAUCAAGAAGCGUUCGGCGCCUCUGCUCAAUGCCUUCGUCGCCCCUUCCUCCUACUCGACCCAGUCCAGGGUUGACGUCCGCACCAGCCCUCUGAUCUCCACCACCUACACUUCCCCGAUUGCCUACUCAAGCCCCAUUGCUUACACCCACGUGUACUGUAUAAGAAGGUGUCUCCCGAGGUGUCAGGCAUCAGUCAACUGUGUCACCAGCAAAAUGUUCAGAUUCGUGCUGUUUCUGUGCUGCGCCGCCCUGUGCCAGAGUCACGCAAUAUUACCGCUGGUCGCGCCUGUUGCCCAUUCGAUCCACGUUCCGCUAGUGGCACCGUAUGCACACGGUUACGGGCACGGCCUCUGGGGUCACGGCUUCUUGGCGAAACCACUAGGGCAUCACAUUCUGAAGCGGUCGCCACACAUCGUUGAGCCCCUCGCUCACGGUCAUUUGGGACAUGUAGGCCAUGUUGCGCCACUGGCAUAUGUGGCCCCGGUGGCUCACGCAGCUCCGGUCGCAGUAUCUCACCACUCUCGCCUGGAUGUCCACACCACACCUGUGGUCAAGCAAGUCAUCGCCCCAGUAGUUGCUGCUCCUCUGCUGCAUAAACCAGUUCUUGGCGCCCAUGGGCUUGGCCUUGGAGCCUACGCCGGGGGGCUUAGCCACUAUGCCGGGGGACUUGGCCACUACGCAGGUGAAUUCGGCCACUACGCCGGUGGAUUUGGACACUACGGUGGACUUGGCCAUCAUGCCGGUGGAUUUGGACAUGGAUACCAUGGACAUUACUAG